UCGUUCACGUGUCCUGGUCGCCCCACACUAUAAGAAUAAGUGGCUGGAAAGUUACUGAGUUCAGGGGAGAGGAGGACUUGGUAUCUUAUAGAACGUAGUGGAUACCGGCGACUACAAGUAAUUUACCAAGUUCCUGCUGGCAAAAAACUCGCAGUCAUGGCAAAUGGAGCCGCUCCCGAAAGUCAGCAAGACACUCUACCAGAAAUAGUCGCCGCUGUCAAUUUCCUCUCUAGUCUUCUGCAAACUCGACUGAACGAACAACAACUGAGGGGCUUCGGAAGAACAUUACGGAACACCCUAACUGAACACUACACACAUCAUUGGUUUCCAGACAAGCCAGCAAAAGGCUCUGGGUAUCGUUGUAUCAGGAUAAACCAUAAGAUGGAUCCAGUCAUCAGUAAAGUUGCAAGUCAUAUCAACUUGAGUAACCAGCAUCUGCUCAGUCUAUUGCCCAAAGAGCUCACACUUUGGGUGGACCCUUUUGAAGUUUCAUACCGAAUUGGAGAGGACGGUUCAAUUUGUGUCUUGUAUGAAGCCUCUGCCCCAUCUACAAGGGGCCAUUUGAACUGCAAAAGUGAGGUGCUGGGGAGUUCCAGCACUCCUACCCACUACCUAAUGACAGUGACCAGUUAACCUUCUGGGAUUUGCCCCCCCAUCUGCUGCUUGUGUAUGUGUAAAUACCUUGCUCUGUGAGCCAUCUUUUUUAACAAAGAUCUAUUUAUUUUUUAAAGCGUUUUUUGGGGAAAAAGUAAAAUUUGUUUAAACAGUCUA